GUUGGACUGCAAGGAGUACUCGGUGCUGCAAAUCAAGUAGGAGUUAAAGUUACUGAUACUUCUAGUACUAGCUCUACUUCAGAACUACAACGAGGAACUACAAGUACUUUGUUUCAUUCUUGGUGCAAUUGUGACAAUUGUACACGACAUCGUCGCGCUACUAUGUCUUCUACAGCAACAAACACGAAAGAUGUGAACAACUCCGACGCAGUCUCAUCUUCAGCAGAAGCACAUGAUAACACUUCUACGACACCAACAUUAGACGAUCAGG